UCGAGUCGACUCGACUUGCUGUUGACAUUUCGGAGGGUCACCAAGUAGACACUAGAGAUGCUAGCAGCGUGCACAUUGUAGAUGUAAACUCUAACAGUUCUGACUUUCCUGAAAUUUCACGAAAUUCUAAAAAAUGUUCUCUCAAAGUAUCAAGAAGUUGGUUUCUUUUCGUUGUAACGUGCGCAGUGUAGUUUGGAUCAACAUUCCACAGACAUCAACCAACAUCGCCGCAGGUAGUCAGGCAAACACGUUCCACGUAUGUAUUUGCCAGUUGGGAAGUAACAAAUUGAUGAAAAUGCUAAAGGGAGAAAGGUCGAAGAAACAGUGGUACGAUACUCCACCUAAGAAGCCACCGGGCAGCCACAGUAUCCUUCAACUAUCCAAGAAGCGCGACCCAGAAGAAAACUCCCGGCUUCGUAUGCUGAAUCGCAUUCUCUACAAGGCGAUUUCUGACUUGUUGGCUUCACAUGAAGUCAGUUCAGAACUACCUCAUUUAAAUGUGGAGAUGUCUAAGGUGUCACUGUCGCCUGAUUAUUCUGCAUGUCGGGUCUAUUGGAAGACUAGUGGCACUUCGGAGAGGGAUGCCCAUAUUCAACAACUUCUGGAUAAAAGUGGCCCUCGUAUAAGGUAUCUUCUUACUUCUCAGCAAGUCCUUGGAAGUGUUCCUGCUAUGGUUUUUAUCAGGGAUAAACAAUAUGCUGCUCUUAAUGAGAUUGAUAACCUAUUGAAGGCGGCUGACUUUGGUCCAGAUGUAGAGUUGAUGGAGACAGCCAGUGUGAAGAAGAGUGGGGUUAAGUCACACUCAUCGGACCACGCUGACCAUCUCCUGCAGCCCUCCGAGAGGAAGGGGCCCGUGCUUUUUGGGGUGGACCACGAUGCCCUCCUCAAGCAGAUCCAGGAAUACAAACAGCAGGCCCGAGAGUCCCUCCCUCUGGACUCUACUGCGGCCCAAACGCAGCAGCAGCUGGAUGCUGUCGCAGAGUUCAGGAAGCACAAGCUGAUCCUGAAGAAAAUAAAAAAAUCCAAAAAGAUGAUUGACGACGACAUCACGCCCAAAGCGUAUUUGCUGGCUAAACAUAGUGAGCAGAAAUCGCUGGAGGACUUGGACGAUGACCGUCACGAAGAUAAUCAGAUCAGCGAACUCAUGGCUGAGGACAGUAGGAGGCCUUGAUCUGUGUUUGUGUCACAAUCACAUGCCACUCCUGACUCCACCAUCACAAAGCUAACCUAUCUGGAUCAUGGUGUAUUCAACAUCAGUUUGUGUGAAUUUCUAGCCUGGCAUUGCCAUACGUAAGCUUCCGCUCAAUUUUCAUUUCCCUUCACCAUAUCUGUACGAUAUUAGUACGAGGGUAUGGUACAGCCAGGCUAGUGAAUUUCUAUAAAUAUGUACUUUGUAUGCGUUUAGAGUACUUAAAUAAAAUUGUAUUUUCCUUGA